ACACACAAGUUUAAUAAGUUGCUGCCUUUUGUCUCCGUUAUCUCUAAUAGCUUAUCAGAUCAAUACUGCUGUAUACUGUGGCGGUUUGUGUUGUUGGACACCUAUAUCUGAGUACAUUGUGGCUGGAAAUCGGUCUGCGCAGCAAAUUUGUGCAACAUUUCAAGAAGCGGGAAAUCGUCUAGAAGUUGAACUUAUCAACAAUUCUACCAGCGUUGUUAAAUUGAGGAACUAGCUUACAUUUUAUAAGAUUCUGGGUUCUUGGAAGAUCAGCAAAUGUCGGACUCGUUGAAAAAGAAGCUUGAUAUAGUGUUCAGAGCGCUGCAAAACGAGCACAAAUACUGCAGUUUUGAGGAGUUGAACGAGAGGGUGGUAUUUGAGGAGGGACUGAGUAAGGAGGAGCGGUUUAAAACUGUUGUGGAUACUGUCUGCAAAUAUACAAUAGACACCAAGGAUAAGAACUGGAUAGCUAAACUGUACGGGGGUGGCACUGACAUGUCUUUCUUAGCGGAAAUGAUUGUUUCUUACUUCAAUCAGAACUGUCACACAUACAGCAGCAGCCCUUUCUUUACAUUCGCAGAGGAACAAAUCAUCAAGAAGACUAUAGGCUAUGUUGGGUAUGAUAAGAGAGCUAGCGGGCUAUUUCUACCAGGAGGUAGUUAUUGUACCCUAAUUGGUAUGAUAUGUGCCAGAUAUAACAAGUUUCCUGCUUCCAAGCGUGCCGGUCUGAACUACCCUAUUCAGGUGAUAACCUCAAUAAACUCCCACUAUUCGAUUGAAAAGUCUGCCAUUAUGAUGGGUAUGGGAACUGAUAACGUUAUAAAGAUAGACUUUGAGAAAACAACUCCAGAGGAAUUCGAGGAAAUAGUUGUUAACAACAACGUGUUUAUGAUAAACUCAACAUUCGGAACCACUAGUGAGGGUACCAUUGAGUCUGUCGACAAAUUCUCUACGGUGCUAAAGAAGUACAACAUCUGGCAUCACAUAGACGCAUGUGUAAGUGGGGUAGCCUUGUUCAGCAACAAGUACCGGUACCUCACCUCCUCCUUCAAAAACGCUAACUCAGUAACUAUAGACUGUCACAAGUGUUUGAACCUUAACCAGCAGUGCAGCUUGUUACUAGUUAAAGAAGGAGGAUUGCUAGGAGACGUGUCCCGUAUUACAGCUCCUUAUCUCUUUCACGAGGAUAGUGAACAUGACAUUGCAAACAGGUCGUUCCAAUGCGGGAGAAGAGCAGACGGUUUCAAACUGUGGUUUUGUGAUCAGUUAGACGACCUAGAUGCUCAAGUAACGCUGAUAUACGACAGGAAUGCACGCUUCAAGAGCAUUAUAGCACACGAUCACAGGUUCAUCAGUGUUCUGGAGUAUUCCCUGACACACACCUGUUUCAAGCUGGUUACGGACAAGGAAGUGCGGAUACACGAGAUAACUGCAGCACUGAGGAUGGAGAGCGUGUUUAUUGAGUAUCACUCCGAUUACUUUAGAGCUGUUGCUGUUAACGAUAAUAUUAACGAGGAUGGUUUUAAGUUUAUUUUAGAGCGAAUUAUUGCAGUUCAUAAGCAGUUAAGUGAGGAAUAACAAUUUUGAGAAACUAGAUUACCUAUCGAUAAAUGUUUAAAUUAUUGGGUUGAAUAAAUAUUUAGGCUAAUUGGAUGUUUUAUGUUGUAAAUUAAUUACUUUUAUAUCAUGAUUAAUUUUGACAGUAAUAUUUGUCGGCUUAUCGUAUUAGACUAUGCCAAUUACAUAAGUGAUUACAAUUAAUAUGACAUCAUAUCUCAGCGCAAAUAAGAAAGUAACGGGUCAGCCGUGAACUUACCAUUAACUAUAUGGGGUGGCUCAAGUUAUUUAGUUAUAGGAUUAUAAUUAAGUUACCUCCUGCAUCCUCUCAUUCCAUUGACAGGGUUGCCAAGCAACCAGCCAUGGUUACCAAGUAACCAACUGCAAGUGGGAAUUUGAAUUGAGGGAAACAAAAUUACUAAGAAACACGAGCUAUAGCUUUAACACGACUAAUUUUAUUUGUGAUGCCGAAAUUCGAUUUAUCAUACGACCUAAGUGGAGUCUAUGGGUUCAAAUUUAUCAACGGAUAAAUCCAAGUUUCACUAAGUUAACGUUUACGUCGCAUUUGUUCUAGCUUUGUUCAGUUGUCUAC